CAACUGUUUCUGUGUCAUUGUAUGGAAAUAUUGGGAGCGAUUAACAUGGAUUUGAGAUUACAUUUUGCUUUAGCUGUCCUUUGCCUGACAGUACAAACAUCUAGAACUUCAACAUCUUUUAGAGACGUCAUCCUUCCGUCAACGAAAACAGACAUAGACUAUCAAAUCCAAUUAGAUGAAGAAAAAAGGGGACGCCGUUGUCGAAGAAGUUGUAGAAACGUUGCAUUUCAAGCAAGUGUCAGUCCGACAAUAAAGGAUAUAAAAGCUGAUGAAACAAUUUUAUUCGAAGAGAUCGAAACAAAUAUUGGAGGAGCUUUCGAUGCCAAAAGUGGAAUAUUUACAACACCAGUUGCGGGCACAUAUGUAUUCCAUUCGACGAUUUUAACGCCCCCAAGAUCGGUAGUUGAAACAGCACUUCAUGUCAACGGAGAAGUCAAGAUGCUGCUAUAUUCUGGCGAUAACUCGUUAUAUUCACCGGGUAGCAAUAUGGCAGUGCUUCAAUUAAAAGUCGGAGAUCUUGUGAAGAUGGUGAGAAACGGGCCGUGGGGGAAAACGCCAUUCACAAUACAUCGUGGGUUUAGCACGUUCUCUGGUUUCUUACUCCAGGCUGAUUAACUGUUCAUCAGAAAAUAGCUAUACUGGGUGUUAAAACAAGGUUCACAGUGAGUUUUCAUAACAUUUUGAGACCUUAAUAGAUGUGACAUUACAGAUCUUGAAAUAUGUUCUUUUGCAUGAACAAGUAAUCGUAAGAUUUUAUUCUUUAUUCCAGUGUUUAUUCAUUAAGUCGUUGUAUUUCAAGAAGUACUGAAAACAUGAAUCUGAAAUAUCAGCAAGACUAGUACUUAGCAAGCAGCUGGGACAAUAUUCAUAAGAUAAUCAUUAUACAUUGCACUAUAUGAAAGGGAUUUUCUACAUGAAGGUGGAUACAUACUCGCAGUCUCUAUUUCUCACGACGUAUGUCAAUUGUUCUUCUAUAUUCCGUUGUAUUUUACUAAAAUUCAUAUGUACUAUUAUAUGAGCGGUAUUCACUUUAAUUUUAUCGAUAUUCAUUUGUACUUUAGCGACAGUCAUUUGUUUUUACCGGAAUUCAUCUAUACUACAGCCAUAGUCAUUUGUAUUUAACCGGAAUAUUAUACUACAGCGAUUGUUAUUUGCAUUUCACCAGAAUUGGUUAAAACAGUUUUUUAUUGAUAUAAUUACAAUUGUUACAGUAAAUAAACAUAGAGUAUUGAGUAGGAAGCUAUAAGCUUUUUUAGAAACUCUCUCCCUUAAUUCUUCACCAGAAUUCAUUUAUACUACAGCGAAAGUUAUUUGUUUAAAUGGCUUAAAGAGUAGCGAAGAAGAAUGUACGAGAAUUCUUUGGAUUUUUUUCUAAUUUAGUUGAGGAAAAUGUAAUAGAAAUCUAUACUAUUUAUUCAAUACUGAUAAAUGAAAUUGUUUUGCAGUCUGUAAAUUUGUUAAGGAGAAUUGAAACGUGCUUUAUAUGUUUUCAUAUGUUCCUCUUUAUUUACUCUGAUUUACUUUGUGUUCUGCUGCAUAUUUCACUUUAAUAAUUGAUUAAUGUUUGCCUUUGCAAUCACCAUUUGCUAGUGUUUAAUUUCAACAUUUAAUGUGUAACUCAUCAUGCCAUAACUGUUAAUAAACAUUUACUCAGAUUUAA